AGACAAUGAUCUCUUACAUAUAUUUUAAUCUGCAAUUCCUUUGUUUGCUACAGACAAUUUAUGUAAAUAACAAAUAACGAUGCAUGAGCCCAAAUUAUGCGGUUCGAAUCAUUGGCCGGCCAUGCAGAUCAAAAUUAUUGCAGAAAACCAAUUUAAAAAUGUCGGUAAUUCCUUGUUCUAUAUCAUAAAUUUUCAUUAACAUGUCAUCAACGUGUAUAUAUUAUCAGUGGUGGAGUUAGUGUUCAUAGUCCACUCCAAAAAUUAUUAAAUAUUCAGCGGUCUCCAGGUCAUCUUGUCUCCAAAAACAUUCCCCAUGUGAAACACCUGAAAUCCAAACACAUUUAUUAUAUAUAUAUAUAUAUAUAUAUGGAUGUUUGUGCAAGAAUAGACGAGACAUUGUAAUAAAGUGAUCAGGCAUGGCAGGCAGAUCAAGGUUUAUGUUGGUUGUUUUGAUAUUAUUGUUUGUUGUUGUAUCUGUUUCUGGUACACCAUCAAAGAAGAAAAUUUCUUGGAGCAGAAUCAAGAAGAUUAACAAGAAAGGGCCUUAUAUUGGUCUUAUUACGGUGUAUCCGCCCGAAGAGAAUGCUUUCUUUUCGACCCGAGCUUUCAAAUCGGACUCUAGAUAUCCUUUUCUGGAUCUUUCAGGACGAAGAUUCCGAGUUGGUAGAAUUUAUGACAGGAAAGUUAUCUAUGUUAGAUGUGGGAUUGGAAUGGUGAAUGCUGCUGCAGCAACACAACAAAUGCUAGAUCUAUUUGACAUAACUGGAAUUAUUCAUUUUGGCAUUUCUGGGAAUGUAAACAAUUCUAUGUUCAUUGGAGAUGUAUCGAUUCCGAAACAAUUUGCUCAUACCGGACUCUGGGAUUGGAUGAACCCAAAUGGAACAGUGGACUCUAAUGAUGUUGCUCAGUUAAAGAUUGGAGGCUACAAUGUACCACAAAAUGAUGGCUUCAAUCUACUGGGGAAAAUCGGGUUCAGCCGCGAGCAAUUUUUUUCGGUAUCGACGGAGGGUAAUGCUGCAGCACCUAUGUUUUGGGCAGAAGUAAGCCAUGAAUGGCUUCAGCUUGCUGCCAGUUUGGAGGGAAUGGAACUGGAGAAGUGUGUUAACUCGAGUUUGUGCCUUCCGAAAAAGCCGAAGUUAGUAGUUGGACUCAAGGGAUCAACCUCCAACAGUUUUCUAGACAAUGCAGCUUAUAGAGAUUUCCUUUUCCAAACUUUUGAGGUUACAACAGCUGAUAUGGAGAGCUCUGCAGUAGUAAUGACAUGCUUGUCAAAUGGUUUUCGAGUGAUUGUAAUCCGAGGAAUGUCAGACUUAGCAGGAAGUCAAUCAGGAGAGAAUCCAAUUCAUACUUUCGGUUCACUUGCUGCUCUUAAUACUGUUAAAGCUGUUCUUCGAUUUAUCAAAAAAAUUCCAGUAGACGUUUCGCAUUCUAAAUCUUUGAAGUAGUAUUUGAUCACAGAAUGUUGCUGCAAAAUGCUACAAAAACUUCAACUUCAGGUUGUUGCAUUUGUAACAGUUUAAUAUUUACUUUGUCAAAUUUUGAGUUUCUUGGAUAA